AUGAAGAUUCAUACUUCAGAGAAAACCUAUGAAUGCAGGCAGUGUGGGAAAACCUUCCAUGAGUUCUCCAGUUUUACUGGGCAUGUGCGAACUCACACUGGAAAAAAGCCAUACAAGUGUAAGGAAUGUGGGAAAGUCUUUAUUUAUCCCUCCGUCUUUCAAAGGCACAUGAUAACACACACUGGGGAGAAGCCCUCUGAGUGUAAGUUAUGUGGGAAAACUUUUCGACAUCUGUUCUCCCUUGUUCAACAUAAAAAGAGUCACACAGCAGAGAAAACUUAUGAAUGCAAGCAGUGCGGCAUAGCCUUCCACGGGUUUGCCAGUCUUACUAGACAUGCGAGAACCCACACUGGGGAGAAGCCACAUAAGUGUAAGGAAUGUGGGAAAGCCUUCAUUUAUCCUUCCACCUUUCAAAGACACAUGAUAACACACACUGGAGAGAAGCCCUAUAAGUGCAGACAGUGUGGGAAAACCUUCAGUUAUCCCCAGUCUUUCCAACGACAUGAAAAGACACACACUGGAGAGAAGCCCUAGGAGUGUAAGGAAUGUGGGAAAGUCUUCAGUUGGCCUGAAACCUUCCAAGUACAUGUGAGGGUUCACACUGGGGAGAAGCUGUAUAACUGUGAGUUCUGUGGGAAAGCUUUCAGUUCCCCCAAGUCCUUCCAGGGGCACAUGAGAACCCACACUGGGGAGAAACCUUAUGAGUGUAAACAGUGUGGAAAAGCCUUCAGUUGGCCUUCAACCUUUCGAGAACACGUAAGAAGCCACACUGAGGAGAAACUGUAUAAAUGUGAGAAUUGUGGGAGAGCCUUCACUUCUUUCAGAUCCUUCCAAGGCCAUGUGCGGACUCACACUGGAGAGAAGCCUUAUGAGUGUGCACAAUGUGGGAAGGCCUUUAGUUGGUCCUCAUCAUUACAAAGGCACGUGAGGAUGCACACUGGAGAGAAACCCCACAAAUAUAAACAAUGUGGGAAAGCCUUUAAGUGGCCCUCAUCCUUUCGAAACCACAUGAGGAUGCACACUGGGUAGCAGCCCCAGAAAUGCACAUAAUAUUGGAAGAAUCUCUGUUAGGCCAUGCUUUCUAGAGAAAGAUUCGGUAACUGUAAGUAAUGUUGGAAUAUCUUGCACUAAUUCAUGUAUUAUACUCUGGGAAGGAAAUAUAGAAGUUAUAAACAUGGUAUUGUGUUUGUCAUUACCUCAUUUAACACUGGACCCCUAAAUAGUGAGUUUCCGGUUCUUUCACAAAUAAGUGCUCAUGUAAGAACUCUUAAGUCCUCCUUCAGCGAGGGUGUGGAAGUUUGAAAAGUGUUUUGUUUUUUUGCCUGAUUUUUCAAUUAAUACCAUUUGCUUUCUUGGUAGUUUAUUUGUGCUACAGUAGUGUGAAGUGUGCUUUUAUGUGACACAGAGUUUAACUCUUACAUAGUGUACUGUAGUGUAAGUGCGUGACAGUGAGCAUCAGAUUAUAACGCAGCACCUGACAGCAUUGCACUGCUGCGGCUUCUGUGUCAGAGACCUCCAUGUGGACUCAACGUAGUUGGCUGUAGACUGCGGCUACCAGCAGAGCCACCCGGUACAGAAGCAGGCCACUCUCCACCAGUGAAGUUCCUACUAAAGAGUCAACCUGCAAAACCCGGGGCAUCCCACCCUUGACCCCAAAAUAGGCAGAACACCAGGUCUUCAUUUACUCUCUUACAGCCUUGCUGAGUGGCCCCAGGUGUGCUGUGUACUUCCCAGGACUUGCGAGUAAUAGACCUUGUCCUUCUGGGUUCCAUGAUGGCUAUUGCUAAGGUGCGUCUUCCAAUUAUAAUAAGAACCACGGGGAGUGGAGGUAGGAACAUAUUUCACGCUUCAUUUCUUGAUGGUUAAAAGGUUUAGGCCAUGCGGUAUGCACUUAUGACUCAAUGGCCGUCACAG